AUGUGGCUCAAACCUGAAGAAAUCCUGCUGAAAAACGCCUUUAAACUGUGGGUCACCGAGAAAGAUAAUGACUACUUCGUUCUGCAAAGGAGACGGGGGUACGGAGAGGGGGGCGGCGGACUGACAGGCCUGCUGGUGGGAACUCUGGAUACGGUGCUGGAUUCCACGUCCAAAGUGGCUCCAUACCGCAUCCUGCACCACACUCCGGACUCCCAGGUCUACUGGUCCAUAGCCUGCGGGGUCACCAAGGAGGAGAUCGGGCAGCACUGGGACUGGCUGCAGCAGAACAUCAUGAGGACUCUCUCUGUUUUUGACUCCACUGAAGAUGUCACCAGCUUCGUCCAGGGGAAGAUCAGAGGCCUUAUCGCUGAAGAGGGGAAGUCCUCCCUAGUGCUGGAGGAUGAUCCAGAGAAGUUCAGAGAAGCUCUCCUGAGGUUUGAGAAGUGGUUCGAGCUGCCCCCCCAGGAGAAACUGGUCACCUAUUAUUCCUGCAGCUACUGGAGAGGCAAAGUGCCGUGCCAGGGAUGGCUCUACCUCAGCACUAACUUCCUGUGCUUCUACUCCUACUUUCUGGGAUCUGAAGUGAAACUGAUCAUCUCCUGGGAUGAGAUCUGGCGGCUGGAGAAGACCUCUAAUGUGAUCCUGACUGAAAGCAUCCAUGUCCUGGCUCAUGGGGACGACCACUACUUCUCCAUGCUGCUGCAUCUCAGUGAGACGUUUGUCAUCAUGGAGCAGCUCGCCAGCUACUCCAUCAAGCGCCUCUUCGAUAAGGAGGCGUUCCAGGGAGAGCCGUCUCUCUGUGACCCCCUACAGAUUACAAAGAGAGGCCUUGAAGCUCACGCUAAAAGCGAGCAGUUCCGCUCAUUCUUCAGGCUUCCCAAAGAGGAGAACCUGUUGGAAGUACACGAGAGCUUCCUGUGGGUCCCAUUCAGCCAUUUCAACACUCUGGGCAAAAUCUGCCUGUCAGAGAACUACAUUUGUUUCGCCAGUCAGGAUGGCAGCCAGUGCCACAUCAUCAUCCCAAUGCGGGAGGUCAUUAACGUCGAGAAGCCCGACGCCACCAGCCGGGCUCUGACAGUCUGCGUGCGCGGCAAGAGGGCGCUACGUUUCUCUGAGGUCAGGGACUUCCAGCGGCUCGCCAACACGAUCCGCAGCAGGUGUGGGAUCAGCGCCAGCCCGCAGCACUCAGCUUCAUCUGAGGCCAUACGGGGAGAGUGCCAGUCGCUCAUAAAUCACUUUGAGGACAAUCCGGAGGACGUGACCCUGAUGGUGGGACAGAAGGACAACAGCAAAGCCGUGAGCACCGAGGCCCUCAUGACUGUUUUUCAUCCUCAAGACGUCGAGAACCUCGAUCCUAAAAUGCUGAAAGAGAAGAUGAAGGAGCAGUCCUGGAACAUCCAUUUCUCUGAAUAUGGACGCGGAACAAGCAUGUUUUUCACCAGGAAAACGCGAGACCUGAUCGUCCGAGGCGUUCCUGAAUCCCUGAGGGGGGAGCUCUGGAUGCUGUUUUCAGGAGCUGUCAACGACAUGGCCACCCACCCAGGCUAUUACGGCGAGCUGGUGGAGCAGUCUCUGGGAACAAGCACUUUGGCUACGGACGAGAUAGAAAGAGACCUGCAUCGCUCGCUCCCGGAGCAUCCGGCGUUCCAGAGCGACACAGGGAUCUCUGCUCUGCGUAGAGUUCUCACUGCCUACGCCUACAGGAACCCAAAGAUCGGGUACUGCCAGGCCAUGAACAUCCUCACCUCCGUCCUGCUGCUGUACGCUAAAGAAGAGGAGGCCUUCUGGCUGCUGGUGGCCGUCUGCGAGAGGAUGCUUCCCGACUACUUCAACCGACGGAUCAUUGGUGCUCUGGUUGACCAGGCUGUGUUCGAGGACCUGAUCAGAGAGAACCUCCCGCAGCUGGUGGAACACAUGACGGAUCUGAGCUUCUUCUCGUCUGUGUCCUUGUCCUGGUUCCUCACUCUUUUCAUCAGCGUCCUGCCCAUUGAGAGUGCCGUCAACGUGGUGGACUGCUUCUUCUACGACGGCAUCAAGGCCAUCCUGCAGCUCGGCCUCGCCGUGCUGGACUACAACAUGGAGGCACUCAUCACCUGCAGUGAUGACGCCGAAGCCGUCACCAUUCUCAGCAGGUUCUUCGACAGUGUGACGAACAGAGACAGCCCGCUGCCUCCAACAGUGCAGCAGGCAUCUUCAGGCAGCAAUGACAAAGCGCGUCACGUCAGUGUGGACAUCAGCGAGCUGAUCCGGGAAGCCUAUGAGAAAUAUGGACAUUUUCGAUCUGAGGAGGUGGAGAGUUCACGGAGGAGAAACAAGCUGCACGUGAUUCAGACUCUGGAAGACACGACCAAGCAGAACGUGAUCCGAGUCGUGUCCCAGGAGGUCCAGUUCAGCGGCCCCCAGCUUGACGAGCUUUAUAACCUGUUCAAAAGGCAGCAUUUCCUCAGCUGCUACUGGACCAUGGAGAGUCCUGCUCUGCUGCACCAUGACCCCAGCCUGGCCUACCUGGAGCAGUACCAGCUGGGGUUCCAGCAGUUCAGUGAGCUCUUCUCCCUCCUGGAGCCCUGGGCCUUCUGCCCGUCCAGGAGCACCCUCUCCCUCUGGGUCUUCCGCCUCAUCGACGAGAACCAGGACGGGCUUGUCAACUUUAAGGAGUUCUGCUCUGCUCUGGAUAUCUUAUAUGGCGGAUCUUUCACAAAUAAGCUGAAAUUUCUCUUCAAGCUCCACCUCCCACCAGCUUUCACAGGAAGUCCUUUAAAGGAGCAAAGAGUCCAGCAGCUCCUCCCAGAGGCUGAAGACUCAUCUCAUUUGAUCAGACUUGCUGCCUUUGACCUUCCUGAGGAUGGAGUCAUCAGGAAAAGUCCUGAAAGAGGCAGAGGGAAGGUUGACCUGCAGGCCUACCUGAAGCAGUGGCAGAAUGAGAUCCUAAAGAAGGAAGAAACCAUCAAGGACCUGCCAAGAAUUAAUCAGGCUCAGUUCAUCCAGUUCUCCAAGACCCUCUAUAAUAUCUUCCAUGGUGAUCCUGAGGAGGAGUCGUUGUACCGAGCCGUCGCCCACGUCACCAGCCUCCUCCUCAGGAUGGAGGAGGUCGGGCGGAGGCUACAAGAGCCGAGCAGCCCGCGUGCCGGCAGCACCGCCUCUGUGGAGGCGUCUUUAACCGAAGAGGAGACUUCAGACGCCUCCAGUUCUCCCAGCAGCCAGGAUGGGGCGGCGCGGCAGCCUGAAGUGGACUGGUCGUUUUCCUUCGAACAGGUCUUGGCCUCGCUGCUCAACGAGCCGGUCAUAGUGGGCUUCUUUGAACGGCCGGUCCACAUUCAGGGCAAACUGGGACAGGCCCGGGUGGCCCAGCUCAGGCUGAAGGCCAACAAGUGAAAAUCUGAGGGGAAAGUUUGUUUCUGACGUUUAAUCCACUUCCUCUGCCCAGAUCGGAUUCUGACGCUACGGUGGGUUUCCUGCCUUCAUUUCACUGACGAUCCGACGUAAACAGACACUAGGGUUGGAUCACUGACCCCCACCAGGAUGAGGGCUGCUCCUCAGGCCUCAUCAAACAUUUUCACCUCAUCUAGCUCAGAUUUAAGACCUUAUAUCAUAUAAACACCUGAAAAGUCUAUAAAGUACUUAGACUAAUUUAGAUCCUAAUUCUGAAUAUUUUCAUGUGCGCUUUCAUUCAGAUUAGUAGUUACUGCUUCUAGUGAAGCCGCCGUGUGUGAUCGUUUGUCCCGUGACCUUAUAGUUACGUUCAAAAUGCAAACAGCUUGAUGUGAAAAACACCAGCUUAGAUCAUAGUGACUUAGAGCAGCAGUAGAGCGGAUAGAGGACCUGCUGCACCGGCGCUCCUGGAAGCCAUAAACUGAUCCGCUUCUCUCACUCAAAUGAUGCAUUUUGAAAACAGAAAAAGGGAAAAUAUUUGCAAUAAAUAGGGACAGAUAUAGGAAAACAGGGAAGGAUGGUGGGGCCCUUUGGUUUAAUUUGCAUAUGCAAUUUAUAUAUAGACAGCCUGGUAAACAACAACUU